CUGUGCGGCCCUGGUAGACGCGGAACCGCUUUAUUCGUUCUCUCUGCAUAGUCCUUACAGCGCGACGGUGAGAGUAAUCCCAAACUCCCACCAUGCCACCACCCGUAUGCCAUGGCGUCUGCUAGCGCCUCCGUGCAGUUCCCGAUGCCCAGCACAGGGCAUGGUCCGCUUCAUGCCAUUUGGGAGUCUGAUACCGCUAGUAUUCAUCAAGACCUGCCCAAUCCUUACGAUAGAAUCCAGCGGACACCGGAUCCGCAGCAGGUGCAGGCAGCAAGGCCCGCAUACCAGAUAACAUCGCGAACCCAACCCAUGCCUGCCUUGACCAGGCCGUACACGUACUACGCACCGAGUCCACACCAUGUCGCGAGGUCGGCGCCGGGGCCGUCCGUCCGGUCGCCCAGGAGUAUGGUGGACAUGGGUGCAUCCCAUGGUCGAAGUCUGAGUUCUUCAACUGGUGACUAUUUCUCGCACCAACCCACAGUACAGUUUCCACAGCCCCAGAGAACCCUCAGCUGCGACAUGCCCAGUCGUCUCCGCCUCCCCUCCCUCAAAGGCCACAUUCGAGCCAGCCACCCGUUCCUCCGAAGCCUGCCCAUUCAUAUCCAGCUCCUGCCCCUCGCCAUACUGCUCCCCACCCACAUGUGCACCCUGGACAUGUUCCAGGGCCACCCACUCAUGCUGCACAACUCCGCGCCCAACACUCACUUCCCACAACCUCCAGGCACCCUUACGCCGAUCCCGCGCCUCAUGUCACGCCACAUCCGACAUUCAGCUCGCCCAAGCCGGAUGUGCAUCCGAGGUCUUCUGUGAAUGACGAGGAUCUCAGGCGAGCCGUCCAAGCAUCGCUUCAGGAGUCGCGGACACCCUCUCAGUACGAUGAGGACGCGGCACUCGCGCAGGCGUUGAAACAGUCUCUCCAUGAAGUCGGACGGUCGCCUCUUCGCCGCCGCGAGCACCGUCGUAUGUUGCGCCGUCCUCCAGCGGACAUAGUACGGACA